AUGAAGACGAUACGCACGUUCUUGCUGCUGUUCCUGUGCGUAAGUGGUGCGGCACCACAGGGCGACUUGGACUAUGAUGACUACGACAGCACGGACCCAAAGACCUCAUCAAAGACAAACUCAACGGACCAAACAGCACCGGACGCCCGCGGACACCGCCCGCUCAGUCGGGGACGGGACGUCUACAGCCCAAACCGCUAUUUACCGCCGCCUAUUAGCGGUGGCAGUAGGUAUCAUGGACGCCCUACCAGCCCAUCUAGAGGGCGACAGGUAGUGGAGGAGGAGAAGCCGGUGCACCGCGAGUCAGGCGGGUGUUCAUACGGUGCUGGAGAACUGGGUGUGCUGUGUCCGACCGGCUGCGAGUUGAAGACGGCGCUUCUCAAACAGGAGAAGAGUGUCAUCACGAGCAUCAACGAGCUGACGCCUCAGGUGAACGAUUUGUCGCGCUCAUCCAACGUGGUCUACAACUACGCCACCGAAAUGUCAUCCUCGCUGACCGAGCGUCAGCGAAUCAUCGGAGACAAUGGCCGUGUGAUCAAUCAGUUCACGGAUCAGGUGGAGGAUCAGCACGCCUUCAUCAAGGAGACAGUGGACACCGUGUUUCCCUCCACUAUUCGGGUCCUGAAGGGAGUUGUGGAGAAGCUUCGCCUGAAGAUCGAAAAACUGGAGCAGGCCAUCCAGAAACAGAGGGAGGAGUGCAAGGAACCUUGCGAGACCAAAUGUCCCAUCCCAGUGGUGACCGGAAAGGAGUGCGAGGACAUCUACCGCCGUGGAGGAAGAGAAUCACAGAUGUACGUAGUUCAACCGGAUCCUUUCGCAUCCCCGUACAAAGUCUUCUGUGACCAGAGCUCCAGUAACGGAGGAUGGUUGCUCAUCCAGAACCGACUGGACGGCAGCGUGGACUUUGGCCGGCGUUGGGACGAGUACCGACGUGGUUUUGGGAACAUCGCAUUCGAUGUGGGCAAGGGUUAUUGCCAGACCCCUGGCGAAUACUGGCUAGGUAACGAGCGCAUCAGUCAACUGACCAAAAUGGGUCCGACGGAGCUUCUCAUCGAGAUGGAGGAUUGGACAGGUGCUAAGGUCAACGCCCAAUACCGCCGCUUCACCAUGCAGUCAGAGUCGACAAACUACGUGCUAGCCGUGAGUGAUUACUCAGGCAAUGCAGGGAACUGUCUCCUGGAUGGUGCGCUGGAGCUAUUUGGGGUCAACCGCACAAUGACGAAACACAACGGUGCCAUGUUCAGCACCCAUGACAGGGACAACGACAACUGGAGCCCUGGUGAUCCCUCCAAGCAGUGCGCCAGAGAGGACGGCGGAGGCUGGUGGUACAACCGUUGUCACUCCGCCAAUCCUAACGGGCGCUACUACAUGAACGGCGCCUACACCAAGCAGAUGGCCAAGCACGGCACAGACGACGGCGUGGUGUGGAUGAACUGGAAGGGCAGCUGGUACUCGCUCAAGGCCAUCAGCAUGAAGAUCAGACCUGUCUUCGCUUCCUGA